AUGAGCGACGAGCCCAAGCCCCAACAAAAGUUUCUCCCCCUGAGGGAACUCAGCCUCAACUCACGGCCCUUGGUGAAGCGUGCCAUUGCCUUCUCAUGUGACGGAGAGCUGGCUGUAGCCGCCGACGACUCCGUCCAUGUCUACGUCCCAGAGUAUCCAGACCUCACGAAACGGCGGCAGGAGAAGGAGCAGCUCGCCCAAGUACAGGUCCGGCAUCACCAAAUCUCUAUACCUGGCUGUUCCUCCCCGGAACCCAAUGGCGAGACCCCGUCAACGUCCUGGUCUGAUGAUGAAGAAGGCCAGAGCAAAAGUCGGCGUAACAACCCGAGAGCCCAAUUCUCAGAAGGCAGCAAACAUAUGCCUGUCUCUUACCCGCCACUCGAUCCACGAAUCAACAGGGAGCUUUUCCAGACGCAGAACAUUCCGUUUCCCUACGACGUUCAAGCAGCUGCUAGCGGCAACGACGAUGGCGACUCUGACAGCGAGGACGACGUCUCGGAUGUGCUGAGCUCUGCGGAUGAAUCUGAUGAUGAGGGUAUCGGCGCUCAUCAACGCGCCAAUCAGCCUUUUGGCGCUGGUUUCGGACCCAUUACGGGCGUGGGCAGCAGUAUGAACCAUGUUGUGAGGAUAGCUUGGUCGCCAUCCGGAUUGGGGCUCAACCGGCGACCUAUACUCGCCAUCUUGACGGGCUCUGGAACCUUGGCUAUGUACGGAGACGACAGUGCUGUGGCCAACAUUCUACCAAGGGCAAACGAGGGAAUGCUGCAGCGCAGAGAGUUAAUCUCCUGGAGCGUGCUUUGGGGCGUUGGUGAGAGGCUGAUGGUGCCCGGCCAACAACUCGCCUUGACGGAGAACAUCCAUGGAUUUGCGUGGGCAAAAGAGAUCGCUCCCGGCCAGGCUCUUCUCGCUACGAUAAAUGAUGAACGAGAAGUUGCCUUGAUCAGUGUUCAAAGCAUGCUGAAAAUCGACGAAACCAGGAGUAAAAGCACUAUUUCUCUACUGGUCGAGUCCAAGGAAAGUUUGGUGUGGUAUGUGAAUGAGGUGGCGAGGUUCCAGUGUUCAGGGCCUCACCCGAAGGGUAACGUUAUGGAUCCAGACUACGUGCCCUUUGGCACAUCAUUCGGAAUUAACUUCAGUCCGUGGGUAGAAGAAGGUGAUGGACGUAGUUGCCUUCUUUCCUAUGUUGACAGGAACUAUGUCGGCUUCCGCAAAAUUACGCUAGCCUCUAACUGGAAGCGAGGAGAGCUGCCGGAACUCAAGUUCGAGGAGACAGACACAUACGGCAGAUGUCUUCACCUUUCGACAGACUCCUUUGUGGAGUUCGAAGACGCUGUUUGGAAUGCAGGCAGGGUCACGUACUGUCGUGGACUUAUCGUCACAGGCUUUAAUUACAAGCCAUUUGAGGUGGCUCUCGUUGGCGGUGCGGAAUACAGCUGUGAGCCUCAUGGGUCAAGUGAUUGUGGAACAACAUACAUAGACGAAGCUGUUGACCUGCCAUCAACAAAUCCUAUCAUCGACCUCGUCAUCCACCGUCCAGACCUGAAGAACCAGACACCCGUUCCGCUGUUUACACUUCUUCGCAUGUCCGCAACCUCUUCCAAUCUUGACUGGUACGAGACAAAUGUGCCGGCCCUUCACGGUGAAAUUGCUACGUCGAUCAACGAGGAUAGUGACCUCGUUAAUUUGCCUAGCAAGACCCACGAGCCGCAAUGGGUGACUCAGGUUAUGCAAAAGCUGGCCGUCAGCGUUCCCGCUGACAUGCAUUUCAAACGGGGUUACGGAGAUGAUGAUGCAUCGGUGGCGUCAGACGAGUCCGAUGAGGAUGAAGAUCUGGACGACGACGACUUCUAUGGAAAUGACGAUGAUAAUGCCAUCGACAUAGCCAAUAACGGAAAAGAUGCGAUGACGGUGGCACCAGAGGUCCCUGAAAUUCACCCUCAUCGGUUUAGACUACACGGUCUCACCAUAUCACCGGGUGCAAAUGUCACGGCAAUGAUUGCCAGUUUACAUAGCACGCAGCAUCCAGAGCGCGGUGGGUGGCAUACGGUGCGAUCAACGGUGUUCUUCGGAACCAAGCCACGGAAGAGGGGGGCUACAUUACCUCAGGGUCAGGCCGAGGAAGUGCAAGAAGCCAAAGAGAAAGAGAACAGCGAAGACGCCAUUGACCCAGCACUUCGUGGACCUGAACCUCAAAGGCCGGCGACACCACCACCGGUGCCAAAGCGGAAGUCUCUUCCCAAACCAGCAGAAGCUCAACAAUCUCAAUCGAGGCUGACGACCGAAGCCCGUCUUUUCGAGUGGUUAUACGGCGGAGGUGACGAAGUUCCCGGCGUAACCAUCAACCACCCCUCUAAUCUCAUCAACCUUAACGCGCCCGAACACCAGUUUCCGCAGAAGCUUAACACUCUGUUUGCCAAAAAAGACAAACGCAGCGGCCUAAAACGCAGCGGCCUAAGCGGCUGUGAGAAUGGCCACUUCUUCAGCGUGUGCACAACGAGCGGACUGGCGAUCCAGAUGCCUGGAAUCACGAGGAACUGCGGCGCUUGUGGAUCGAGGACCAUGCGGGCCGAGAUCUUGGCUAGGAAAUGCAUUCCUCCUAAUCCCAAGUUUGCUGAGGAGGACGAGAAGGAGAAGGACAAAGAUGGCGAUGGCGAUGUGGAGAUGGCGGAAGGAGGUGAAGGUGACGCAGAUGCGGAUGCGGAUGCGGAUGCCCGUCUGCUGACCGAAGAGGAACAGCUGGAUAUUAAGAGGAAGAAUGCUGAGAAGAGGAUUAGGGGAGAGAUCAUGGCCAUGUUAGGGGAUGGGAUCUGUGGUGGGUGUGGUGGGAAGUUCCUGAAUUAG